AUGCGCAUUUCUAACGAAACGAAAGUCGUUUUAAAUCUUGACGCUCUGGCAUUAUCUGUAUUCGUUUCUGUAUCUAUGUCAUUCUUCAUAAGUGACCAGUUUAUUUACUACAGUUGUCUAUCUGAACAAGGAAUCGACUAUUGGUUGGUGAAUAAAAGUGACUUUACGAAUGGACUGCAAGAUGCACAAAAGAAAGCUGCUUCUAUACAGUCUGUUAAAAAUUUGCUGGGUAUUGGGACUGGGAUUUUCUCAACGCUAAUCAUUGGUUACCUAUCGGAUAAUUAUGGUCGGAAAUUGACGUUGGGAAUUAUAGUAUUAGGAGAAGCUUUACGAAUUUUAGCUGUCUGUAUUGUCGUAUUUUUCAAUUUUUCUCCCUGGAGUUUAAUUGUAUCUGAACUAUUAGAAGGAUCUAUUGGCGGUGGAUUGUUAUCAGUUUCAGCACAAUUAUUUGCUUGUAUAGCUGAUCUAACUCAAAAAUCAUGUGGUGAAAUAUCCGACGGAAAUAUGAAUUCGAUAACCCAGACAAAAAAAAUAGUAAAAAAACGUUGGCUUUUAUUUACUUUACUCGAUGGUGUAAUCACUUGUGGAAUGGCAUUUGCAAAUGCACUAACAGGUUUCAUGAUUCAACAUUAUCGUUUCUACAUAACAAUGCUAACCUGUAUAGCCUUUCUUAUUCCUUCAGUGAUUACUUUAUUUCUCAUACCUGAAACCAGUGUAAAGACAAUACAAGUUGAACAGUUAGAUAUUGAAAAUUCAUCCGAUGAAUUGUGCAUUACAACUCCAAUAGUUCAUGAUGAAACUAGUAAGCAUCAAGAACCCUCUAGUAAUUAUUCAGUUCACGUGCAAUCUGAAAAUAGCUGUGUGAAUAAACUACAAAUUAUAUCAAAACUACCUCGUACUCAUAUAGUAAUAAUUAUCAUUAUUUUCAUGUUUUCAAUCUCUGGUAUUACGGAUACACAAUAUUUAUAUCUUUACUUAAUGAGUAGUCCUUUUCUGUGGGAUGCACAAGCAGUUGGUUUGUUCACAGGUUUAAGAGACGUAUGCUGCACAUUUGUGUCUAUAUUAUGUGUCAGUAUGAUGGUCAAGUUUCAUAAACAUCAACCAACUAAUCAUGUCGAAGUAGCAUCAAUGUCAGAUAGAAUGAAUACAACAUUAUUUAGUCGUUUAAAAUCUGUGGAUCAAAUUCUUCUCAUUAUGUUGGUAUUUUUUGGAUUUAUAAUUUUUUCUAUUCAUCAAAUCAUUAUGGGCAUAGCUUCUAGAUUCACUGUUCCAACAGCAAAUAUUCUGGUUUAUUGCGCUACAAUUCCAAGAUUUGUCAAAGGUUUUCAAAUAUCCAUACUUCGAACUGUGAUAUCGAAAUGGACAGAAGUCUCUAAACAAGGUAUGGUAAUGUCUGUUAUUGCAGUAAUGGAACGCCUUGGGGUAUUAAUUAGUCUUGUAGCUCUCCCAGUUAUAUACGCUUCGACAGUUAGCACUUUCAAAGGAUCGGUAUUUUUUGUUUGCUCCUCGUUUACAAUUUUGGAAGCUUUAAUAGUCUUAAUUUUACCAAUAUAUGCUCCAAACACAUUAUCAUUGGAAUCGUAA